AUGGCUGAUAAGGCAGAUUGGUGUGAUGCCAAUGUGAGGCAUUUUAUUGAUAUCUGCAAAGGAGAGAUAGAAGCUGGGAAUAGGCCGUUGGGAUUUUUUAAUAGGACUGGUUGGAAAAAUGUUAUAUCUAAGCAUGAAGAAAAAACUGGUCAGAAGCUAACAAAGAAACAGCUCAAGAACAAGUGGGACAAUAUGAAAAAGGAAUAUACAUGA